UGGUCUUGAUUACCGAUGAAUUUUUUAUAGACACCAUUACCAUGAUACUUACUGUAAUUAAAUUAAUAAAUUAUGGUCUUUUUCAGAAUAGGCAAAAGAUUUGAAGAGAAAAAGGAACUUCAAUUCAUAUCACAAGAAAGAUAAUUUACAGAAAGACGUAAUACUUUAAACAGAAGCUAAAAACAUUUAGUUUUUACUACAUACAAUUAACUGAUUAAAAAUAGGCCUAGGCAAAAGAUUUGAAGAGAAAAAGGAACAUCAACUCCAUGUCACAAAAAGAUAAUUUACAGAAUAAGAUGUUAUACAUUAAACAGAAGCUAAAAACAUUUAGUUUUUACUACACACAAUUUACUGAUUAAAGUAAGUGAUUUACUUUGUAAAUCUUUAAUUUAAAUUAUUCAUAACUUUUAUAUGACUGAUGCAACCAACAUUGUUUGAAAGCAACAUGGUGAAGACAACGAUUUCUUGAGUAGGCUAAUUUAACUGGAUGGAACAUAGAGUCAAGACAUAAAAGCAAAAUGCCUCAAGUAACCUAUGUGGUAUGAUGUCUAAUACACAUAACAAUCUUUGAGCAAGAGCUGAUCACAUUUUAUUAAUACACUAAUUAACUGUUCAACAUCUAACCAAUUCUACAAAAAUAGACAUAUACAACCAGCAGAAUAAUUCAGAGUAGUAUCAUCUUGCCUGAUGUUAGAAAUCGGAAAUAUAAAACAUAAAAUGUUUAAUAUCACUAAAAAGCGUCUCCUUAACUGUCCAAUAUGUAGAAAAAUGUUUUCAACUAUAAGGAGUAUGAAGUAUCAUAUAUAUUUACACACAGGCGAGCGUCCCUUUAGAUGUUUGACAUGUAAGAAAACAUUUAAUCAAAUAUCUCAUCUAAAGUAUCAUUUGUUAACACAUUCUGGGAUGUGUCCUUACAAGUGCACUACAUGUGGAAAAUCUUUCAAAACCACCAGCCUUUUGAAGAUACAUGCAUUGGUUCACACGGGAGAUCGACCUCAUCAGUGCCCUACAUGUGGAAAAUCCUUCAAAUCCAAGGGAGAUAUGAAUAAACAUACAUUGGUUCACACGGGAGAUCGACCUCAUCAGUGCCCUACAUGUGGAAAAUCAUUCAAAUCCAAGAGAGAUAUGAAGAAACAUACUUUGGUUCACACGGGAGAGCGACCUCAUAAGUGCCCUACAUGUGGAAAAUCUUUCUCAACCAGCAGCUAUAUGAAGAGACAUACAUUGGUUCACACAGGAAAUGGACCCCAUAAGUGCACUACAUGUGGAAAAUCCUUCUCAACCAGCAGCUAUAUGAAGCUUCAUUUCUUGGUUCACACAGGAGAACGACCUCAUGAGUGCACUACAUGUGGAAAAUCCUUCCGAAACAGCAGCUAUAUGAAGAGACAUACAUUGAAUCACACAGGAAAUAGACCCCAUAAGUGCACUACAUGUGGAAAAUCCUUCUCAACCAGCAGCAAUAUGAAGCUUCAUUUAUUGGUUCACACAGGAGAACGACCUCAUAAGUGCACAACAUGUGGAAAAUCCUUCCGAAACAGCAGCAAUAUGAAGAAACAUACAUUGGUUCACAUGGGAGAGCGACCUCAUCAGUGCACAACAUGUGGGAAAUCAUUCAAAUUCAUGAGAGUUAUGAAGAAUCAUACUUUGGUUCACACGGGAGAGCGGCCUCAUCAGUGCCCUACAUGUGGAAAAUCAUUCAAAUCCAAGGGAUAUAUGAAGAAACAUACUUUGGUUCACACGGGAGAGCGGCCUCAUCAGUGCCCUACAUGUGGAAAAUCAUUCAAAUCCAAGCAAUAUAUGAAGAGACAUACAUUGGUUCACAAAGGAGAGUGACCUCAUUAGUGCCCUAGAUGUCGAAAAUCAUUCAAAUCCAAGGAAUAUAUGAAAAAACAUACAUUGGUUCACACAGGAGAGCGGCCUCAUCAGUACCCUUCAUGUGGAAAAUCAUUCAAAUCCAAGGAAUAUAUGAAGAAACAUACAUUUGUUUACACGGGAGAGUGA